UAAAAUAAUUAUUCAACUUAUUUCAACUUCUUUUUUUUCCCUCCCACUUUCCGUUUAAGAGCUGCCCUGUGGGCGGUGAAAUGAACUCCUCCUUAGCAUGCUAUCGUUUGCAAUCCGGACAGCUGCUAAUGAUCCUGGGCAGACGUGGUGCAACCUUCACCAUGUGCAACUCAUGCUAUCGUUUAUCGGUGUGAAACACGCACAUAUACAAGAGAUAUUGAAUUAUAUCGAUAGUGUUGGUGCACAGAAGCAACAAACGUUUGAACUCGAUCGCUUUCUUCGCCAUUUGCAAACGAUCUUGGGUCGAUUCCGCUACACGAAUCCCCUGAUCGAUCUUGAGAUUGCAUGGCGUAUUGUUCAUCGGCAAGAGUCUGUAUGUAUCUUGUUGGGCGGUACGUCUGGCAGUGGCAAAUCCACGUUGGCAAGUCUGUUGGCUCACAGAAUUGGUAUUACGACCGUGCUUUCCACAGACCAUGUGCGUAGUCUGCUGCGCAGCUUUGAUCCAGAACACAAGUCAGAGGUGCUAUGGGCAUCCUCAUACCAUGCCGGAGAAAAUUUACCUGAUCAAGAGGUUGUUGCUGGCUAUGAAGCACAAAGCCAAUUGAUGCUGGACACGUUGGAUAAGAUGCUUAAAGGAUAUGCCGACCGCAAAGAGAGUCUUGUUAUCGAGGGUGUAGGUCUCUCUAUUGAUACAAUGAAAUAUCUUGCGAAAAAGUAUCCGAAUUGCAUACCACUGGUAAUCUAUAUCAGUAACGAGCAUAAGCAUACCGAACGAUUUGCAGUUCGGGCAAAAUACAUGACCGUUGCACCUAGGACCAACAAAUACAUACGAUAUUUUGACAACAUCCGGUUAAUACAAAAUCAUCUUUGCAGAAAAGCCGACGAAUAUAUGUCUAGCCAUUUUACACACCACCGUGAUAAAUGUCCUAGCGCGUAUGAAGCGAGCGAAUCAGACGUGUACGGUGGAUCCCGUGUCAUGCAAGUUUGUCACAGUGUUUGAAGAGUUUACCAAGGUUCACCUGGCCACCUGGAGCUC